AAUAAAAAACACACGUUUAAUCAAAAGCCGACAUCCUUUGCUCUGGACCUUUGGGAGGGCCCACCGAAACAGAAAAACUGAAACACACCGAGAAAAUCCCGGCCGCAAAGGAGACCCCGCCAGAUUUGGAUCUCUGAUACAACGUUCGACUCUUGCGAACUCGAUUCCGUCUUUUUAUUUCUCUCAAAAAUUUCUGUGGUUUCGAUUUUCUAAUCAUUUUCUUGAAGAUUCAAGCGGCAAGGAGGGCACAGAGAUCCGUCCCCGGCUGGCCAUGGUUAACAGAAGAGGUCAAUGUAGGGAAAAUGCCCUUUUCUUGUAUAAGAGUUUUGGUUUGCUUUUCGGUGCUUUGAGCAUUCCCCCUCUUUAUGUUUAUAAAUGUGCAUUUUCUGGAGGAUUGCUCAAUUACCAAACCGACGAUGCAAUAUUUGGGGUGUUUUCAGUGAUUUUUUGGACUAUUACUCUUAUUUCUUUGCUAAAGUAUGUCCUUGUCAUGUUGAGCGCCGACGACAAUGGUCAAGGCGGUGUUAUUGCAUUAUAUGCGCUCCUUUGCAGAAAUGCGAAAUUCUGUUUGCUGCCUAAUUAUCAGGCAUCUGAUGAGGAGAUCUCCACAUACCGCUACCCCGGUUGUUCCAAUACGAACAUGCCCACUUCUCCAUUGAAAAGGUUUAUCGAGAGACAUAAAAGUUCAAAAACCUGUCUACUUCUUGUAGUUUUAUUUGGAGCUUCCAUGGUGAUUUGUGUUGGUAUCCUCACUCCUGCAAUAUCAAUUUUUGCAUCUGUGGAGGGGCUACAAUUUCAAGCAACGAAUUUGCAUAGUGCUACAAACUCUUCUACACAACCAGGUGUGGUGGUUCUUAUUGCCUGUAUUUUAUUGGUUGCCCUUUUUGUUUUGCAACACCGUGGCAUCCACAAAUUGGCCUUCAUUUUCACUCCAAUUAUCAUCCUUUGGCUACUGUUAAUUGCUGCUGUUGGAAUCUACAAUAUCAUCGAGUGGAAUCCAAGGGUAUAUCAGGCUCUUUCUCCUUAUUACAUUUACAUAUUCUUUAAGAUGACAGGAAAAGAUGGCUGGCUUUCUCUUGGAGGAAUCCUUUUAUGUGUGACUGGAACUGAAGCCAUCUUUGCGGAUCUUGGCCACUUCAGAACAGCACCAUUAAGGGUUGCAUUUUCUUUUGUGAUUUACCCAUGCCUAAUACUUCAAUACAUGGGACAAGCUGCGUUUCUUUCGAGAAAUCUAUCUGCAGUAUCUAUGAGCUUUUUCGCUUCUGUUCCACCUCCCUUAUUGUGGCCAGUACUUGUGGUUGCACCUUUGGCUGCCAUUGUUGCCAGUCAACCUGUUAUCUCUUCCACAUUCUCAGUUGUCAAGCAAUGUCAGGCAAUACGAUGUUUCCCUCGCGUCAAGGUUGUACAUACAAAGAGAAGGAUAUCUGGUCAGAUAUACAUCCCUGAGUUGAACUGGUUUCUUAUGAUCAUCAGUCUGGCUGUCACAAUUGGUUUUCGAGACACAAUUCGUAUAGCAAAUGCUUAUGGGAUUGCAUUUUUGGGUGUUACAAUCAUAACGACGUGGUUGGUAUCGCUAGUCAUCGACCUUGUUUGGCAUCAGAGUUUCAUGCUUUCCCUUUUAUUUUGUGUACUUUUCGGUUCAGUUGAAGCCGUCUACCUUUCAUCUUUGUGCGUGAGAAUCCUCAAAGGUACAUGGCUUCCCCUGGUUUUGUCUGCUGUCUUCUUGGUAGUUAUGUAUGUCUGGCAAUAUGGCACGCAGAAGAAGUAUUUGUAUGACUUGCAUAACAAGGUUUCAAUGAAGUGGAUGCUCACGCUGGGUCCUAGUCUUGGCAUUGUUAGGGUCCCUGGAAUUGGCCUCAUCUACACUGAAUUGUCUACCGGAGUCCCAGCAUCAUUUACUCAUUUCUUAACCAACCUACCGGCUUUUUACCAAGUGAUUGUCUUCGUUUGUGUUAAAACUGUUCCUGUUCCUUAUGUUCCCCAAAAAGAAAGGUAUCUUGUUGGCCGUAUUGGACCCAAAUCUUUUGGGAUGUACCGUUGUAUGGUUCGGAAUGGGUACAAAGACGUCUUUAAAAAUGGGGACGACUUUGAAAUUGAUGUGGUGAUGAGCAUAGCAGAGUUCAUCCAAAUGGAAGCAGAAGGUUCUGGAACCCCUGAAGGCACUGUGGACCGCCGUAUGGCAGUUGUGAAGACAUCUGGGAAGUUUGGCACGGUGUUGGUUAUGGCACAGACUUCUGGCCUUGGAGAAAGCAGCAGUUCAAGUUCUUCAGCGAUUGUGAGCAGUGCCAAGUCUCCCACGCUGCAGAACUUGCAGGCCAACUAUGAGCAAGAAGCACCAAAACUCAACUAUUGGAGGCGGGCUCGGUUUGGAUUGCUGGAUGCAAAAUGCAAAGACUCCCGCCUAAAGGAACAGCUCCAGGAACUUGUGGAAGCAAAGCAUGCCGGGGUAGCAUAUGUAAUAGGUCAGGCAUACUUAAAGGCGAAAUGGAAUUCAUCGUUCUUAAAGAAGUGCGCUAUCGAUGUUGCCUACUCUUUCUUACGCAAGAAUUGCCGCUCUCCCGCUGUUACUCUGAACAUCCCUCAUAUUUGUUUGAUCAAGGUGGGCAUGAACUACAUCGUGUAACGCAAACCUCCGGCAAUACAUCUUCUGAUGUUGCAUAUUUUGGCAGCAAAACUUCCAUCGUGCCUGCUUUUGUCCAGAGCAAAAAGCACUUUUGGUUUGUGUGAAUAAGUUCAGAUUCUUGGUAUGGAAGAUAUGUGUGCUCACUUGGCACAAAGCAUGGGUGGAGGAGGUUCCUAACUUCAUGUCCAUGUCAAGUUGUCUGGUGUAAGUGGUUCCAAAAUAAUUGAAUUUUGCCCCCACAAAAUUUGAAGCCACAUUCUUCGUAUUUCCCCCCGUACCCCAGAGCAUGAUAGAAUUUUCGGAUUUUGCUGUUUCAUUCGAAUCGAUGUUUGUUUACAAUAGGAUUUUCUUUGUUUUUGUUUUUGUUUUUUCAGCUUAAGGGAGAUUGAGAGUUGAGAGUUGUUCAUACACAUUGUGUCAUUCAGAAUUCAUUACAAAACAGAUUCAUUGA